AUGUUUUUGUGCAUGAAUCCGUGUGCCAAGCCAACCCCCGUUGAUGGGGAUGAAGAUGGCCGUGGGAACGGCACGCCGAACACAAAAGAAGCCGUCAAGGGUCUGACGUCGCAGGUAUACUUGUUGACAUUACAGGUUGUGGAACGUUUCCAUGAAUUAUUUGCCCAAACAAAGUAUAAAGAAGCAGCUGAGCUUGCUGCUGAAUCUCCACAAGGAAUCCUUCGGACACCUGAUACAGUUGCCAAAUUUCAGAGUGUUCCUGUGCAAGCUGGGCAAACUCCUCCUCUAUUGCAAUAUUUUGGAACACUCUUAACGAGAGGAAAGCUGAAUGCCUUUGAGUCAUUAGAACUGUCACGGCUGGUUGUGAACCAGAACAAGAAAAAUCUUUUGGAGAAUUGGUUGGCAGAGGACAAGCUUGAAUGCAGUGAGGAGCUAGGAGAUCUUGUAAAGACUGUGGAUAAUGAUCUUGCUAUAAAAAUAUAUAUCAAAGCCAGAGCUACUCCAAAAGUUGUUGCUGCUUUUGCUGCGAAAAGGGAGUUUGACAAGAUUCUGAUAUACUCGAAGCAGGUUGGGUAUACACCUGACUAUCUCUUCCUUUUGCAAACGAUUCUUCGGACAGAUCCUCAGGGUGCUGUUAAUUUUGCAUUAAUGAUGUCGCAAAUGGAGGGCGGUUGCCCAGUUGAUUACAAUACCAUAACCGAUCUGUUUCUUCAGAGAAACCUGAUCCGUGAGGCAACUGCCUUUCUCCUAGAUGUUUUGAAGCCAAAUCUACCAGAACAUGGGUUCCUUCAAACAAAGGUGUUGGAGAUAAAUCUGGUAACUUUCCCUAAUGUUGCUGAUGCAAUUUUGGCUAAUGGCAUGUUCAGCCAUUACGACCGUCCUCGUAUUGCCCAACUUUGUGAAAAAGCUGGUCUUUAUGUGCGAGCUUUGCAACAUUACACAGAGUUGCCAGAUAUAAAACGCGUGAUUGUAAAUACACAUGCAAUUGAGCCACAGUCACUUGUUGACUUUUUUGGUACUCUGUCGCGAGAAUGGGCAUUAGAGUGCAUGAAAGACCUAUUGCUGGUCAAUCUUAGAGGCAACCUGCAGAUAAUUGUGCAGGUUGCUAAAGAAUAUUGUGAACAAUUGGGCAUUGAUGCUUGCAUAAAGAUUUUUGAGCAGUUCAGGUCGUAUGAAGGACUGUAUUUUUUCCUUGGAUCAUAUUUGAGCUCCAGUGAGGAUCCUGACAUUCACUUUAAGUACAUUGAGGCAGCAGCAAAGACUGGACAAAUCAAAGAGGUCGAGCGUGUGACUAGAGAAUCAAUUUUCUAUGAUCCUGAGAAAACGAAAAACUUUCUAAUGGAAGCCAAGCUUCCUGAUGCACGACCUCUGAUAAAUGUUUGUGACCGAUUUGGAUUUGUUCCAGAUCUAACACACUAUCUAUACACAAACAACAUGCUUCGCUACAUUGAAGGUUAUGUUCAGAAGGUGAACCCAGGGAAUGCUCCUUUAGUUGUUGGGCAGCUGCUAGAUGAUGAGUGUCCAGAAGAUUUUAUCAAAGGCUUGAUUCUUUCUGUUCGUUCAUUACUGCCAGUGGAGCCCCUUGUUGCGGAAUGUGAGAAGAGGAAUCGGCUUCGUUUGCUCACACAGUUUUUGGAACAUCUCGUAAGUGAGGGAAGCCAGGAUGUACAUGUUCAUAAUGCAUUGGGUAAAAUCAUCAUUGAUAGCAACAACAACCCAGAACAUUUUCUCACCUCCAACCCAUACUAUGAUUCGCGAGUUGUGGGCAAAUAUUGUGAGAAACGUGAUCCCACCUUGGCAGUUGUAGCCUACAGGCGAGGACAAUGUGAUGAUGAACUUAUCAAUGUGACAAACAAAAAUUCUUUGUUCAAACUACAAGCAAGAUAUGUUGUCGAGAGGAUGGAUGGUGAUCUUUGGGAGAAAGUUCUUAACCCUGAUAAUAGUUACAGAAGGAAACUUAUUGAUCAGGUUGUAUCUACUGCUCUGCCUGAAAGCAAGAGCCCUGAACAAGUAUCUGCAGCUGUUAAGGCUUUCGUGACUGCUGAUUUACCUCAUGAAUUGAUUGAGCUUCUUGAGAAGAUUGUGCUUCAGAAUUCUGCAUUCAGCGGGAACUUCAAUCUGCAGAAUCAGCUUAUUUUGACAGCAAUAAAGGCUGAUUCAUCCAGAGUUAUGGAUUAUGUUAAUAGACUGGAUAAUUUUGAUGGGCCUGCAGUUGGAGAAAUGGCUGUUGAAGCUCAGUUAUAUGAGGAAGCAUUUGCAAUUUUCAAGAAGUUCAACUUAAAUGUUCAAGCAGUCAAUGUCUUGCUAGAUAAUAUUCAUAGUAUUGAUAGAGCAGUGGAGUUUGCUUUCCGGGUUGAAGAAGAUGCUGUUUGGAGUCAGGUGGCCAAGGCUCAACUCAGGGAAGGGCUAGUAAGUGAUGCAAUUGAGUCAUUUAUACGAGCCGAUGAUGCCACACAAUUUUUGGAUGUUAUCCGUGCUGCUGAAGAUGCCAAUGUUUACCAUGACUUGGUGAGAUACUUACUGAUGGUAAGGCAGAAGACAAAAGAACCCAAGGUGGACAGUGAGCUUAUUUAUGCAUAUGCAAAGACUGAUAGGCUCAGUGACAUUGAGGAGUUCAUUCUUAUGCUGAAUGUGGCCAAUCUUCAAAAUGUUGGUGACCGAUUGUAUGAUGAAGAACUAUAUGAGGCUGCAAAAAUUAUA